AAAAGCGAGGGAGAAAGAUCUGACAUGGAGUGACCUAGAAGGGGAGAGAAAUCUACUCCAACUUUGGGCCACUUUCCCUGGACAUUUCCGUAGCGGGAAACCGAUCCCUGGUAUGUAAACAGAUAAGCGUUUGGGGUUUGCCAGAUGAGAACAAAUUCCUUUCCUUUUUAUUUUUUUUUUUGGUUUCCUCCAGUCGGCUGCUGUCCUUCUGCGUACAUGCAGUGUGUCAACACCAGGUUUAGGACAGACUUCCCCUAUUCGACGCUUCCUGUCACCUCUUGUUAUCUAGUCCCAGUCCGUGUGGGGGGGGCAUGCACGCCUGUGAUCCACUUGAGCUCCGUCACGAACACCGCCUGCGCCGAUUCACCAGAUCCGUAGCUGGUUGGGUCUAGAGACCAAAAAAACCCAUGGUAGUCCUCAGGACUGUGAUGCUCUAGCCGUACAGUUGCAUCCCAGGGGGUUGUUGGGCAUAUUCCGCCAUGUUGCAGCAAUCGGAGCUCGUCUUCGACUUCGCCAGUGACCACGUCAACCUGUCGGGGUUUAGGGAUCACUCAGAUUUGCCCGCUAUGAUUAUGGAGCCGCUUCCACACCACCACCUGCUCGCAUAUUCAGGGUUUUUAUGUGAAGAACCGCAGGCCGAGGACCACCAGUUGCUUAAAGUGGAGCCGUGUGAAAGUGGAGACGAAGAGACCAUGGAAACACUCAUCGCUGCCGACUCAUUUCUUGACCUGGACUGUCCUGACACCCUGACUUUGGAGCAACACUACUCCCAGACCUUUCUGCCAUCAAUGGGUGACGUCAUCACUGCUCCUGUCACUCAGGUGACCGUGUCAGCAGGGGGUGUGGUGGGAGCUCUCGAGGAGCCCGACUGGCACUCAUCGCACGCUGAGAACCCUGCGACACAGCUGCCGUCCAAAAAGAGAAGUAGGAAACGACAUAGAAGGACCGAUUCUCCCACCCCAGAGAUAGUAGUGAGGAGAAAUAGAUACAAUAAAGGCGGCCACACAUUGUACCUGUGGCAGUUUCUGAUGGAGUUACUGCAAGACCGACAGGUUUGCCCUCGUUACAUUAAAUGGACCAACCCCGACGCCGGGAUUUUCAAGCUGGUCAACUCCAAGGCCGUGGCGAGACUCUGGGGCAAACACAAGAACAAGCCAGAUAUGAAUUAUGAGACCAUGGGGAGGGCGCUCAGGUAUUACUACCAAAGGGGCAUCCUGAACAAGGUGGAAGGCCAGCGCCUGGUCUACCAGUUCACCUCCCUCCCCGACGACAUGAUCUACAUCACCGACGGCGGCGAAGUGGACGACGAGCCCGACGACGGCAGCGCCGACGAGGGGGCGAGCGAGGACUCCGACGACAGCACCGUGUCCUCCAGCAACCAAUCGGUGUUCGAGGAGGACGAGAAAAAACCCCCGCCGGCCCCGGCCCCCGCCCGCCGCGGCCGGCCGCCCCGGGACGCCGCCCCCACCCCCCUCCGGCCGUCCAACGCCAGCCUCAUCCGGGAGCAGCACCUGCCCAUCGUGUCCGCCGAGAUGCUGCGCACCCUGCAGAAUCUGCGGAAGGUCCAGUCCCUCCAGCCGGCCGGCCGCGCCUCGGUCUUCAAGACGGCCCAGCUGCUGGGGAGUCUCUACGAGCAAGACGCGGGGCAGGCCCAGCCGGUGGAGACCCAGCAGCUGGUGCCUCUAAUCGCCUCCGACCAGUAAAACGGCGAGUCUUACCACUUCAGGAAACAACUUCUAUUCCCUGGGCUUUACAGAGCAAAGAUGUUAUUCGUGACUCCAAAGAUGGACUCUGGUACCUUCCUCCGCUUGCACUUCUGAGCACCACACUGUGCUCUCUUUUUCCCACCCGUAAACUGAAUCAUUCCUCUGCCUUGACAAUGACUUUUGCACUAAUGUUUAUCUCUGCUGUAGGUUUUUUUUCUCCUGGAAGUGCCUGAAGUUCUCAGUCCUCCUCGUUCGAGGGAACACAUUCCACCUUUUUUCUAAGAUAAGUGAACUCCGAUUGUCUUUAUGAAUUGUUUAAAAAAAAAGGGAUCACUGUUAGAAUAAAUUAGCACUGCUGCUGUUAUUAUUUAAGAAUUUUUUUUUAUUUUUACAGCAGGUUUUUUUUUGACAAUCACACGCGAUCUCUUGACUUUAUUUCGCCACUGUGCCUCUUGUAUUCACACUGUUUUUUUUUUCACUCUGCAAUGCACACAUUUUGUCUGUAGUGAAAAUGUAAUGCCACGGUCAAAAGUUUACAUACACUUGUGAAGUGAAUUAUACUUUUAUAUAGCGCAUUUCUCUAGUGACUCAAAGCGCUUUACAUAGUGACACCCAAUAUCCAAGUUACAUUGGCACUGGGAGCAGGUGGGUAAAGUGUCUUGCCCAAGGACACAACGGCAGUGACUAGGAUGGCAGAAGCGGGAAUCGAACCUGCAACCCUCAAGUUGCUGGCACGGCCACUCUACCAACCGAGCUAUGUUUGUUUACGUGCAAAAUUGGGCGCCCAAACAAAGAAUCCCACACAUUGGGGACGGUCUAUGUGCUUUUCUUUGUGGAGUAUUAUUGCAACAUAAGAAUUAUAUAAGCAAAAUAACCAUGGGGGCCAGAGAAAGUUGUGAGUGCCAGCACUUCGAAAUUUCAAAUAAUUAAAUUUUAAGGCAAGAGCCUUAAAUUAAAAAAAGGUACUAGUGGUAGUAAAUAUCAAUUUGUAAUUAUUCUUUGUUUAAAAAAAAUAGCGCGUAAAUGUGGGUUUUGGAACGAAUAACUAAUGAAACCCAAUAUCUAAGUUACAUUUAAACCAGUGUGGGUGGCACUGGGAGCAGGUGGGUAAAGUGUCUUGCCCAAGGACACAACGGCAGUGACUAGGAUGGCAGAAGCGGGAAUCGAACCUGCAACCCUCAAGUUGCUGGCACGGCCACUCUACCAACCGAGCUAUGUUUGUUUACGUGCAAAAUUGGGCGCCCAAACAAAGAAUCCCACACAUUGGGGACGGUCUAUGUGCUUUUCUUUGUGGAGUAUUAUUGCAACAUAAGAAUUAUAUAAGCAAAAUAACCAUGGGGGCCAGAGAAAGUUGUGAGUGCCAGCACUUCGAAAUUUCAAAUAAUUAAAUUUUAAGGCAAGAGCCUUAAAUUAAAAAAGGUACUAAUGGUAGUAAAUAUCAAUUUGUAAUUAUUCUUUGUUUAAAAAAAAUAGCGCGUAAAUGUGGGUUUUGGAACGAAUAACUAAUGAAACCCAAUAUCUAAGUUACAUUUAAACCAGUGUGGGUGGCACUGGGAGCAGGUGGGUAAAGUGUCUUGCCCAAGGAUGGCGGAAGCGGGAAUCGAACCUGCAACCCUCAAGUUGCUGACACAGCCGCUCUACCAACCGAGCUAUACCGUCACUUAUGAAGGACAUAAUGCUACAGAAUAAAAUAGAAAGUAAAAUGGUACAAAUAAAAAUUGAGCACCACAGCUCGCUCACAAUAGACAAUAAUAAUAAUAAACAACAUAAUUUAUAUCAUGUAUUUUAUAUAUAUAUAAUAUAUGAAUAAUAUAAAUAUAUUCUACAUUUAAGUACAGUCAAAGGGAACAUCCAGUGGGGCAAAAAAGUAUUUAGUCAGCCAGCGAUUGUGCAAGUUCUCCCACUUCAAAGGAUGACAGAGGUCUGUAAUGUUCAUCAUAGGUACACUUCAAAGGAUGACAGAGGUCUGUAAUGUUCAUCAUAGGUACACUUCAAAGGAUGACAGAGGUCUGUAAUGUUCAUCAUAGGUACACUUCAACUGUGAGAGACAGAAUGUGGAAAAAUAAUCCAGGAAUUCACAUUGUAGGAAUUUUAAAAAAUUUAUGGUGGAAAAUAAGUAUUUGGUCAAUAACAAAAAUUCAACUCAAUACUAUGUAAUAUAACCUUUGUUGGCAAUAACAGAGGUUUGCACACACAGUAGCUGGUAUUUUGGCCCAUUCCUCCACGCAGAUCUUCUCCAGAGCAUUGAUGUUUUGGGGCUGUCGCCGAGCAACACGGACUUUCAACUCCCUCCACAGAUUUUCCAUGGGGUUCUGCUAGGCCACUCCAGGACUUUCGAAUGCUUCUUACUGAGCCACUCCUUUGUUGCUCGGGCGGUGUGUUAGGGAUUGUUGUCAUGCUGGAAAACCCAGGCACGUUUCAUCUUCCAAGCUCUCACUUAUGGAAGGAGGUUUUGUCUCCAAAUCUCACGAUACAUGGCCCCAUUCAUUCUUUCCUUAACACGGAUCAAUCGUCCUGUCCCCUUA